AUGUGGCAAGCCAGCAACGUCUAUGGCAUUUGUGCCUUCGCCGCCCUCGGCGGCGCCCUCUUCGGUUUCGACAUCUCGUCCAUGUCCGGCGUGCUAGGGACCGAAGCCUACCGACGCUACUUCGAUCAUCCGCUCGGUUACCGGCAAGGAGGCAUCACGGCGUCCAUGCCCAUCGGGUCCUUCUUCGGCGCCCUGGCCUCGUCCUUCAUCGCCGACCGCUUCUCGCGUAAACGCGCCAUCCAGCUCUCGUGCAUCAUCUGGGUCAUCGGCGCCACCUUCCAGGCCGCCGCCCAGAACGUCGCCAUGCUCUGCGUCGGCCGGUGGAUCGCCGGCUUUUGCGUCGGUAUCUGCUCGGCCAUCGUCCCCGUCUACCAGGCCGAGAUCGCCCCCAAGGAGAUCCGCGGUCGCGUCGUGUCGCUGCAACAGUGGGCCAUCACCUGGGGCAUCCUGAUCCAGUUCUUCAUCCAGUACGCCGCCGCCGAGGGGAUCGGUGGGGGGCCGACCGACCCGAACCAGCCCACCGCCGCCUUCCGCAUCCCCUGGGGUGUCCAGAUGGUGCCCGGUGUCAUCCUCGGCCUCGGCCUAUUCUUCUGCCCCUACAGCCCGCGAUGGCUUGCGUCCAAGGACCGGUGGGAGGAGGCCAUGCAGGUCCUGGUUCACGUCCACGGAAAGGGAAACUCGAAUGAUCCCAGGGUCCUUGCGCAGUACCAAGAGAUUGAGGAGACGCUCAAGCUGGAGCGUGAGCAGGCGCAGACCAGCUUCAAAACCUUGACCGAGCGCCGCAUUCUCAAGCGGGUUAUCAUUGGGUGCGGUCUGCAGUUGUGGUCUCAACUCAGCGGCAUGAACAUUAUGAUGUACUACAUCGUCUACAUCAUGCAAGGCGCCGGCCUCGGCUCCCCCCUCCUGACAGCGUCGGUGCAGUACAUCAUCAACGUGGUCAUGACGCUGCCGGCCAUCAUCUUCCUGGACAAGUGGGGGCGCCGAAAGCCCAUCCUGGCUGGCUUCUUCGGCAUGAUGAUCUGGCUCUUUGUCAGCGGUGGCCUGCAGCAGGCCUACGGGGAGCCCAACACAGAUGAGACGCGUACGCCCGAGAACCAGGACGUGACUUGGAUCGUCCGCGGUCAGCAGUCCGUCUCCAUCGGCGUCGUGGCCGCCUCGUACCUCUUCGUCGCCACGUUCGCCACCACCAUCGGCCCGACGUCCUGGGCCUACCCGGCUGAGAUCUACCCGUCCAGGGUCCGCGCCAAAGCCGUGUCGCUGUCUACCUCGACCAACUGGCUUGCCAACACGGCGCUGGCCUUUGCCGUGCCGCCUCUGCUGGAGGCCAUCAACUACAACAUGUACUACAUAUUCGCCGCAUUUAAUGGUCUAGCUUUUAUCCACAUGUUCCUCAUGGCCCCUGAAACGAAGGGUUUCACACUCGAGGAAAUGGACGACGUUUUCGACUCUGGCGUUCCUGCUUGGCGUACUCACGUCAAGCGGUCCCGUCUCGAUGAUUUGGAGAGGGAGAUCGAGCAGGGUAAAACCCGAAUUGAGGGGCCCGUUGGCGAUCAGCCGGGCGGUGUUGUGGGGGCCAACAAAGCCCCUGAAGCUAAAGCCGUUACGGUGGAGAACGCCUGA